AUGUUCGACGAGUACCUUCACGUCGGGGAGACAACUGGCCGCGAAUGUCUUAAGAAUUUUUGUAAGUUAGUUGUGGAGGCUUUUGGCGACACAUAUUUGCGACGUCCGACUGCUGAUGUUUGCCAGAGCCUGAUGCGGAUGCACGAAACGGUGCACGGCUUCCCUGGGAUGCUAGGGAGCAUCAACUCCGUGUCAAACAACGACAUCAAAGUCCUCAACCCGUCCACCCUAUUCGCUGAUCAGUGCAGGGGUCGCGGUCCGACCAUUCAGUUCACUGCCAACGGCCGCACACAUCAUAUGGGGUACUACUUGGCCGAUGUCAUAUACCCUAGGUGGCAUGUUGUUUUGAAGACCAGCUGCCCAAUUGGUGAGAGGAGAGUCUUGUUUGCGGCAAAGCAGGAGUCCGCGCGGAAGGAUAUGGAGCGGGCUUUUGGGGUGCUCCUAUCGCGGUGGGCAAUCGUGAAAGGUCCGGCGCGUUUCUGGUAUAAGGAGGUCAUCACCGACGUCAUGUAUGCGUGCAUCAUCAUGCAUAAUAUGAUAGUCGAACAAGAACGUGGCUAUGUCACCAAUUGGGUGGAUGAUGAAGCCGGAUCUAGCUCUAGCACGACGACCUCGCCGGUCACUCGAGGAUUACCGACUGGCUUCGGUGCGGUUCUAGAGCGACAAGCUUCAAUGCGCAACCAACAAGACCAUACUCAACUCAUGACCGACAUGAUUGAAGAAGUUUGGAACCGCAACCGCCGCCGUUGA